AUUCAUGAUUUUUUAACUUUUGUAACAUUUGAAGCUCUACUUUUGCAAUUAAAGAUUGAAAAUGUUAAUUAAAGUUUGUGUAAUAUUAUUUUUUCUUCGAUAUGAUCAUAUAUCUACGUCAUAAAAUUUAUUCAUGGCUUAACAAGAGGUAAUGCACAUUACAACACAAUGUGAUGCAAUAACACCUUACUAUGAGUAUAACGUCCGCUAAUAGUAUGCAUAUACAUAUAAACGCCAAGUUUUUGGGAAAAAAUGCACCGCAAGUAUACUAGACAGGUUUGCGCUGCAACACACGUAUAAAUAGGCUGUUAGAUUUAGAUAGAGCAUUCAAUACGUUUCUCGUACUUGAACGGAAAAUAGAAAAACAGGACGACAUGUUCAAAUUGUUGAUAAUUUGUGGUUGCCUUUUGGCUAUCGCAAAUAUUGGCGUUUUCGGCGGCUUGACUGCGGCACCAGCUGCGAUUGCAUUGCCAUCUAUUGCUACUGCUCCUCUUUUAAAAGCACCGUUGACCGCCGCUAUCGCUCCUGCCGUUGCAUGGGGUAAACCCGCCGCUGUAUGGGCCCAACCCGCCGCUGCAUGGACUAAACCCGCCGCUGCAUGGGCUCAACCCGCCGCUAUAUUGGCUAAACCCGCCGCUACAUGGACUCAACCCGCCGCUGUAUGGGCCCAACCCGCUGCUAUCGGAGCUGCACCUCUGGGAUUAGGAAUUAAACUAGGCUAAAUUUCGCGUUGAAUGAAAUAUAUAAAAUAUGCCAUCGCUACAUCCUAUUAUCAUAUACGUCGCAAUCUUUACAAAUAUGGCUUUUAAUAUUGGAAAAGAUAUUUACUAAAUUUUGUUUCUAUCAAAAAGAUUUUUUUCUAAUUU